AAGACCAUGAAAAUCCCUCCACGACAUCUGCACAACACACAGCUUCCUCGGGCCAAAUGCCCUCUCCCACUGAGGUGUGCCCUCUGAGUCCCCAGAGAGCUUCCGUCCAUGUCGCCCAUUCUCCUCUUCCAUUCACCCCUUUCCUUUCUCUCCACAGCAUCUCCACUGCUGGGCACGGAUGUGGUCAUGCACCCUGGGGCCUCACGCUCCUAUCCUCCCCCACUCCUGGCUCCCAACCCAGCCAGCUUGGGAGCAGCACCUGCCACCGCCCAUGGCCCCAUUACUCCUGCCUGGCAGCACCCUAUUGCAGCCAGCUCACCCCAUGACACCUCGGGUGACUCCUGCUGACCAUGGCCCCAUUGCCCCAGGGCUUGGCAACAUCCCUGUCCCAGUCUGGUCAGGAGGGAGGUCAGCAUUGCCCCACCAGUCUCAGGCCUUUGGGCGCCCUCAGGCCCCCCUCAAUGGGAAUGCUUCCAGGGCCCUCAUGGGGAGUGCUUUGUGUCCUGCACCCCUUUGCAUAGCAAGCCCUGUGGGGGACAGUGGGGUGGCUGCCCCAGCUAUUGCAGCAGCUCAGGCUGGCAAGGGAGGCUUGGCCCCAGGCCUUCCUCCUCAAGCUGCACCACCAGCUGCCCAGAUGGCCUUCAUCCUGCCCCCAGGGAGCUCUGGGCCGUGGCCACAUGGCACCUCUGGGGCAGGCAGCCUGCAUGCCUCCCAGCACACGGGCCCUCAGGAGGACGCCUCUCACCAUAAGAGCCCAGCUUGGGAGCAGCACUGCCACGCCAUGGCCCCAUUACUCUGCCUGGCAGCACCCUAUUGCAGCCAGUCACCCCAUGACACCUCGGGGGCUCCUGCUGACCAUGGCCCCAUGCCCCAGGGCUUUGGCAACAUCCUCCAGGUCUGGUCAGGAGGAGGUCAGCAUUGCCCCAGCCCAUCCGUCUCAGGCUUGGGCGCCCUUCAAGGCCCCACUUCAUGGGAAUGCUUCCACCGACGCUGGCAGCGCUUCAAGUCCCUGGCCCGCAGCCACCUGCCCCAGAGCCCCGAUGCGGAAGCUCUCUCCUGCUUUCUCAUCCCAGUGCUUCGCACCCUGGCUCGCCUGAAGCCCACCAUGACGCUGGAGGAGGGCAUGCGGCAGGCCAUGCAGGAAUGGCAGCACAUGAGCACCGUUGAGAGGAUGGCCUUUUAUGAAAUGGCAGCAAAGUUCAUGCAAUUUGAGGCAGAGGAUGAGAUCAGGAUGGGGAACGUGUCCUGCACAACGUGGGCACAGGGCAUGCCUCCUCCAGCUCCACCAAAGCUGGCUCCUCAGGAACCCACAUCCCGCAAAAGGGGCACUCAGUCUGUGAAUCACCUUCCCCUGGACGUCAAGGCACAGGUAAGAGAGUGUGCUGGCUCUGGCUGCUCCUCCCCCUUCCCACAUGCAUAUCCAUUGCCCCACAACAAUGCCCUCCCCUGUGCCUGCUCAGGGGUCAGCUUCUGGGCGCUGGGUCCCCUCACUUUCCCUUCCUCCUGCUCUGCCUCAGCCUGUGCUCCAAGGAAACACGGCCCCAGGGUCCAGCACACCCACCCAAGGCCACGCAGAGCCUGGCAGCUGCUGGAGAACAAGGCCCCCAAGGAGAUUCCCCCUGAGGCUCGCAGGGAGCAUGGGGACAUCCCGCAGGCACUGGUGGGUCCUGGCCCCUCAGCCACAGGGGAGUCAGAUAUGGAAUGUCGAGAGGAUGGAUAUGAGCUGCCACAGGACGAGGACGGCUGCUUCCCAGACCCGGAUCUCCUCAGCUACGUGGACAAGCUGUGUUCCCAGGAGGACUUUGACACCAAGGUGGAGGCGGUCAUUCACCCCCGAUUCCUGGCAGAGUUGCUUUCCCCAGAACCAGAGCUGGAUCUCUCGGGCCUGGCUGAGGAGCUGCAGCAGGAGGAAGGACUCUCCCCUGAAGAGCUGGUGCAGACACAAGUCCUGGCCUUGGAGGAGGAUGACGGGGUGCCAGCCACUCCCAAUCACAGGGCACCCCACCUGGACUCAAGACCUUCAGAGUCUGUGGCCCAACAAGAUGCCCAGAGGAACGAGCAAGGCCCACAGCCCGGGGUCAGAGAUGAAACCUGGACACCCCAGAUGGAUUUCCAUGGCCAUCUAAGGCACCCCAAACAGACAGGGGCCUGUUCAGGCACAAAGGCUCUGUGCCCUCUCCAGGAUAUCAGGAGCCCCCUCAGGCUGGAACUGCACAGCCAUUUCCUCACCAGGGCACCAAGCGCUCGGGCCCUCCAUCAGGACCCAGGGCCAGCAAGUGAGGAUGAGGAGGAGCUCCCCAGCCUGGCCUUCCUCUUGGGCCUUCACCACAGCCUGCUGCCCUGGGGGCUGCCACAGAGCCCUGUCCCUGCCUCGGGUCUUGUCUGCACUGCAGGGCAGAGGGCCCAGCAAGCUUCCCAGGCCCCCUUUCCCCAGAGAAUGGGCCUCAGCUCAGGCCCCCUGGAAGCUGCCAAGUCUAGAAAGCGGGCUCAGUGUGGAGGCCUGGCUGCUGCUGAGGAGCUGGGGAUGGAGAGCUGCUUUUGUGCCGUUCAGCCCUCUGGACACUCACCAGUCAUGAGAAUGGAGGCUGGAGGCAGCCCUUACCUCUAGAGAGUUUCUCUCUGCCUCUCUGAAGUGGCCAGAUGACAGGCUGGGGUGAUUCUCCAAUCAUCCAGGGUGUCCCGUGUGGGUGGCUUAGCCAGAGAAGAAAAGGCUUGUCUGUCAGGACAGGACUUUCUGCUUCACUGCCUUGUGGGUGGGAGAACAUCCAAUAGUCUCAGCUGGAUUACUGCAGUGUACAAUAUGGUGGAAGCAGAUGCCUCAUAGUCCCAAUGAGGAUGAAGCAAAGGGAAUGGGGAGUGGAAUUUCAUGGCCUAUUAAUGUCUUGGGUGGAGUAUUUCAUCUUGUCAAGCUCAGUGGUCCCACCCUCACCAGCCCACUGGCAUCAACCCCCUGGUAGCUUUCAAGUGAGCAAAGCCUAGGACUUUCACUAGACCAGGCGUAGUGUUCCUGUUGUGGUGAAGAGGGUUAAGGAUAUAGGGUUGUCUCUGGGAACUUCCAUAUGCCACAGGUGCAGCCCCCAAAAAAGAAGAAACAAAAACAAAACCCCUGAAAAGUCUAGAAUUAAUGUUAAGGUGCAGGGACUGUACAUGAGGAAUUCACUAAUGUUAUUCAAUCCAUAAAAAAUGAAAUAAUGGGAGUUCCUGUUGUAGCUCGCUGUAAGAAUCCUGACUAGUGUCCAUGGAGACAUGGGUUUGAUCUCUGGCAUCGCUUAGUAGGUUUGGUUUCUGUCACUGCUGUCAGCUGUGGUGUAGGUGUCAGACACACCUCAGAUCCUGCUUUGCUGUGGCUGUGGAAUAGUGCAGCAGCUGCAGCUCUGAUUUGACCCCUAUCCAGAAACUUUCAUAUGCCACAA